UAAUGGCAAGUAAACUGUAACCAUCGUAAUCGGUUUGGAGAAGACGCAAAAUCGACAUUCCAUCAAAGUCUGAUUUGAUCCGACCAAUAAUCUCCACCUCCUUCGUCCACAUGAUUAUACUGCUUCGAAGAACAGUAAUGUGUGCUUUUUGAAUCAGUUAAGCAUCAUCAUAUUGUGGUGGAUAGAUCGAGGAUGGAUUCGAGAAGCCGGCUCGACUAUGCUUUGUUUCAGUUAACUCCUACUAGAACCAGAUGUGAUCUGGUGAUAUGUGCGGGUGAUUUCAAAGAAAAACUUGCAUCUGGACUUCUGGAACCUUUUAUUGCUCAUCUCAAGUUUGCUAAAGAUCAGAUUUCGAAAGGAGGCUACUCCAUUACGCUUUCUGCUUCUGAUUCUUCUUGGUUCACCAAAUCCACUCUUGAAAGAUUUGUGAGGUUUGUAAAUACACCGGAGGUUCUUGAAAGAUUCAUCACGAUUGAGAGAGAGAUCGCCAACAUUGAUUGCUCAAUAAACACCAGUUCAUCAUCAGACUCACAAACUGUCUAUGGGUUCGGAGAACACUCAAACGAGUCAUCUACUUCUGCCUACAAGGUAUAUCAACAUUCUACAGCUUUCACUUUCGAUUCAAUCUUUGUUCAACACUUGCUUGGAAGAUUACUCAUAUAUUCCCACUUUCUAUACAUUCAGCAUGAAGGUAACACAAGUGAUGCCAUCCAUGAAGAAGAUUCCAAGAUUCAUCUUCAACGUGUUCUGGAAACUAGAAAGGCAGUGCUUCAAAAAGAGCAAGCAAUGGUCUAUGCCCGGGCUAUAGUUGCUGGAUUUGAGACAGAUAACCUAGAAGAUCUCAUCUGUUUUGCAGAUGCUUUUGGAUCUCCUCGUUUAAGGGAAGCAUGCUUAAAUUUCAUGGAAUUGUGCAAUACAAAGAGUAAUGAUAGAGUCUGGAUGGAUGAGGUAGCAGCAAUGCAGGCAUCCUCUCAUUCACAAUACUCCUAUUUGGGAACAUCUGAUGGAGUACUUCCUGGGGAAGAUGAUCCUAGUCAAGAACUCAGGAUUAAUAUCCAAAAUGAUAAUUUUGCUACCAAGAAACAGAAUGGUGCUGUUGAUGGAAGUCAUCUGCCUCAAUAUAUGCAUUUUUAUCAGAGUGGCCCCAUGUUUCAGCCUCCCUAUCAAGGAUACCCUUUUCCAGGCAUGGGGGGUCCUCCAUAUAAUCAAGGAAAUCUUCCAUGGUCUCAAAAUGUGGAGGAUUCCAGAAGAAGAGGAAAACGCUCACAAACGAAAAGAUCACGAGAGUUGAAACAAGAUGGUAACUUUGAUUCAAGUGACUCUAGUUCUGGAAGUGAUUCAGGUAGCUACAGGAGGAGUUCAUCUCGGAAAGUUGUAAUCAGAAAUAUUAAUUACAUCACUUCUACAAAAGAUGGAGAAGCAGAAUGGGUAUCCGAUGGCAAUUCAUCAAAUGGUGCUGUCAACCAGGAUCUUGAUAGAACAGUUGAAGAUAAACCAGAAGGCCAAAAGGUAACAACUCAGCAAUGGGAUACCUUCCAGAUCCUUUUAAUGAAGGAUGCAGAUGACAAAGUGUCUGAGGACGUGAAAAAGACUCAUACUAGUGAUCCUUUUAUUCUCGUAGAGAGGGAUUUGUUUGACGAAAACAACAAUCGUCUACCUGAAAUUGCCACCAAAUCUUCCACCAUUGGAGGACAUGAAAGAGAUUGGUUUUUGGGAAGCAUACCAGAUAUUCAGGAGAAAAGCAGAGACAUCUUUGAAGACCAUUUCAAGUCUGUGGAAAGUACAAAAGAUGUUCUUGUUGACGAUCCUUUGGCAGUUCACGCUCGAUCUUUAAAUGAAUUGUCUGAUUCCCAGUUGAGGAGACAAGACAUUUUAGUGGUUUCAGAGAGUAAUCUGACCCAGAAAGCUCCAUACUCUCCAAAGAAAAAUGUUGAAGCUGAAUGUGUCAAUGAGGCUAGCGAUCUGUGCGUAAUGCUUGAAAGAGAUACAUCUGGACAGCAAGCUAUGGCAGUUUGGACUCCAGAAAUGGAGUUGGGAAAUAGUAAUGAUAAGAUCGUAAAACUGGAUUGUAGUGAAGAAGGUCUUGAAAGAAAAGAUUCAACCAUUGAAGCAAAGUCGAAACCUUUAGUUGGAUCUCUUGGAAAAAGCAAAUCUAAUAUCAUAUCAGGAAGCAAGAAAUCUACAGGAACCAAAACGGGCAAAUCAGAGAAGGAAGAAGAGAAAAGAAAGAAAAUGGAGGAAUUGCUAAUUCAACGUCAAAAAAGAAUCGCUGAAAGAAGUGCCUCUACGGCAAAGACAGCUAAGAAUGACAAGCCAAAAGCCGAACUUGCAUCUCGAGGCAUGAAAAGAUCAAAUAAGCCGGUCAUUCGGAGUUCCACCAUUGAUCGCCUGUCAGCUGCACGUGUGGUUAAUCCCAAGGUGUUGCCUACUGAAUCAAAACAUGGUAAUAAACCUACAAAAGUGAUCACCAAGGAGAAUGGUGAACCAAAACCUGGUAAAAAACCUAUGAAAGUGGCCACCAAGGAGAAUGGUGAAUCAAAACCUACUAAAAAACCUAUGAAAGUGACCACCAAGGAGAAUGGUAGAUCAGAACCUGGUAAAAGACCUGCAAAAGUGCUCACCAAGGAGAAUGGUGGAUCAAAACCUGCUAAAAAACCUAUGAAAGUGUUCACCAAGGAGAAUGGUGAAUCAAAACCUCCCAAAAAACCUAUGAAAGUGAUCACCAAGGAGAAUGGUGAAUCAAAACCUCCUAAAAAACCUAUGAAAGUGAUCACCAAAGAGAAUGGUGAAUCAAAACCUCCGAAAACACCUAUGAAAGUGACCACCAAGAAUGGCAUUUCAAGUACUUUGUUUUCCCAAAGAACAGUUGGAGUUGGAAAAAGAGAAGCGAAACCACAGAAGGUUGAACAUCUAGAUAAGGAUAUUGGUUUAAAGAAUUCAAAUGGACCGAAGAAGAAGAUUGUUGUUCUCACUAAUGCCAAGCAGUUGCCUAGAACAUCUCCAAUCAAGAAAAUUGGCAAUGGGGUUGCUGGCAUUGGGUUAUCUGAACCUCCAAACUACCGGUCUUCACAAUCAGAUAACAAGAAAGGUGUGAGCAAAACAUUACACAAGAAGGCAUCUUCGGCUUUGCAAGAAGAUAUAGCUCUUUCUGGCGGUAAUAACGGAUCAACCAACAAAGCUAAAAACUCCGUUUCUUUCAGUAUCAGUGAGGAUAUUAGUGCUAAAGAAAGGCGUGUUGUCAAAGCGAACGAUGAAAUGAUGGAAAUCUCAACUCCUCCACCAGGCAAAGGAAGCCCAGAAAGAAGCAAUUCUAGGAAGAAAUGGAGCAAUAUUGGAACCUCAAGUAAAGCUCUCAGUGGUUUCAGAAAGCUUCUAUCUUUUGGCAAGAGGAGUUAAAAACUCUUCUCUGGUUUCAGAAAGCUUCUAUCUUUAGCUAUAUUUCCAAGGUGAAGAGCCAGUUGUGAGCAAACAGGUAAUCUAAUAACACAUUGUUUAUAAGUCUGUAAAUUUUGGUUAUUGUGUGCAUAACAGAACCUUGUAAUGGUUAUUUGCUUCAGUUCUUUUCGCUUUUUGAAUAUUUACUUGUAAUGUAGAACCCACGAUUGCCUAUAAUUUGUAUAUCUAAUAGUAACAUUCUUUACAAGCU